AUGUCCGCGAUAAUGCGCGAGAAAGCACUCAGCCCGGAAGUCAGCGUCCAGGCAGUCAGCGACGACGAGAAGGAUGCUGCGUCUGCAUCUGACUCUCAGCAGGCCCCGGCGCUGAAGAAGACUCUGACCUUGAGCAAGAAGGCGAAGCUCAGCGCAUAUAUGACGAUCGCUGCUGCCGCCUUCGGAUUGAUCUCAGAUGGGUACCAAAAUAACCUUAUGACGAUGGCAAACGUCGUCUUCAAGGCGCUGUACCCGAAGGAAUACACUUCGACAGUGUCCACCCGCGUAUCGAACGCGCUUCUAGUUGGCGAGGUCCUCGGCCAGGUCGUGGUAGGACUCGUAUGCGACCGAAUUGGACGGAAAGCUGCCCUAGUCCUUACGACCCUCCUUAUCGUUAUCGGCGCUAUCCUAUCCACUGCAGCUCAUGGCGCGCAUAAUAGCCCACAGGGCCUCUUCUGGUUCCUUACUAUUUCACGAGGUAUUACUGGUGUGGGCACCGGAGGGGAGUAUCCUGCAUCCUCAACUAGUGCGAGUGAAGCUGCAAACGAAAAGACUCUGUCCAGUCGAGGCCCAGUUUUCAUUAUGGUUACCAACUUUGUCCUCAGCUUUGGUGGCCCUCUAGCUGUUGCUGUCUUCCUGAUCGUCUUGUCAGCGGCGGGUGAAAAUCACCUCAAUACUGUCUGGCGUGUCUGCUUUGGCAUCGGUAUUCUUCUGCCACUAACCGUAUUUUACUUCCGGAUGCGUAUGCUGAGCCCCAAGCUAUACCGGGACUCUGCCAUUAAGCGACGUGUCCCAUAUUGGCUCGGUCUCAAGCGGUACUGGAAGUCCCUCAUCGGUACUUGCGGAGCGUGGUUCCUCUAUGACUUUGUCUCCUUCCCGAAUGGUGUCUUUUCGGGUUCGAUCAUCUCCAGUGUCAUCAAGGAUGGAAGUAUUAAGGCUACCGCGGAGUGGCAGCUGCUCUUAGGUGCCAUCGCCUUACCGGGUGUCAUCGUAGGUGCCUGGUUGUGCAACCCCUUGGGAAGGCGCAAUACCAUGUGCCUCGGCUUCAGCGGCUAUCUUGUUUUCGGCUUGAUUAUUGGAUGCGCAUAUGACAGGAUCACCAACAUUAUCCCGCUAUUCGUCAUCUUCUAUGGUCUCAUGCAGUCCAUGGGUAACUUAGGACCGGGUGAUAUGCUGGGACUCGUUAGUGCCGAAUCAUACCCAACAGCACUCAGAGGUACCUUCUACGGCCUCUCAGCUGCCAUUGGAAAAACAGGUGCUGCAAUCGGCACGCAAGCCUUCACUCCAAUUCAAAAUAACCUCGGAAAGAAGUGGACCUUCAUUAUCGCCGCGAUAUGCGGUGUCGUUGGCGUGCUAGUAACAUACUUCUUUGUGCCUGACAUGACGGGCCAGGACCUUGCAGAGGAAGACGAGAGGUGGCUCCGCUACCUUGCUGAGCAAGGCUGGGAGGGCGACGUUGGCGAGGAAGAUGAGAGUGUUUAUGCGGAGGACGCUGAGAGCCUCGAAAAGGCUUGA